GCUUCGUUUUCAUCCUCUUUGAGGUGGUGAUUUAUCAUGCUUGCAUUUUUCCGUUUCAAACAGGGAAAGCUGCCCCUCCCUAACAUUCGCUACAUUGGCACAGCGCCCGCCAAUACCAUUGAAGUCGACGUUGGCCACUCCAUCCACGCAUUUCCUGAAGGUUCUUCGAUUUGCAAAGCUGUCGAUUCGGCAAGUCUUGUUAACUUGACCAUGUCUAAUCUUUUUCAAGAGAAGAAAGACCAGCUCCCUAUUAAUAAACGUGUCGUCACUUUGGACUCCUCCAUAUUCAACCAUCCCCUACGACGAGACAUACUCCAUCUUUGUGUCGUUCACCAUCUCGAUUCUUUGCGACAGGGCCUAGCUUCCACUAGAGCUAGAGGAGAAGUACGUGGGUCGAACCACAAAAUUCGUCCGCAGAAAGGAUCGGGCCGAGCUCGUCUUGGAGACAGUCGCAGUCCUAUCCUUCGUGGGGGAGGCGUUGCAUUUGGGCCCAAGCAGCGAGAUUUUAGCACACGUUUAAACGCCAAGGUCAUUCGAAUGGGAAUGAGAGUGGCGCUGACACUGAAAGUUAGGGAGCAGAGAUUAGGCGUAGUAAGCAGUCUGACGUGGUUCAGCAGGAAGACAGUGGUAUUGAAGAGUAGGCUGCAAAAGCUAGGAUGGGACACAGCUACAUUGUUUGUCACUGGACAAACGGAAGUGCCAGCGAAUCUGAGAGUUGCGGGUCACAACAUCCCUGGUAUUGACUUCAAGAUUGUACAGGAUCUCAAGGUGUAUGAUCUUGUCAAAUGGCGUCGAGUGGUAUUGGAUACAGCGGCACUGUGCACUAUUGAGCGGAUAUUAAAGUUUUAGUGGUAUAUUAGAGCAAGGCACAACGGGGAAGACUUGUGUUGAUGUUAAUUGCACGGCUAGUAUGUUGGUUUUGUCCCACAAAUGUCAGAAAAAUCCGUCCAAGCUGAUCAAGCCCAGUGAAAAGUCGUUCUAUAUAAGUCUGUAUUCUCCCUUGCUUACUUAAUUCAAUAUAUGAUGAGUCAAUAU